GUCUCUGGCCUUGUGUAUAUAUAAUCAACCCACUUCCGUUGCUCUCUAUCCAAAGCAAGAUUAAGAUUUCAAUAUUACAAGAUCUAAACAUCUCCUUUCUUAGUUUCAUCAGCCUCAAGAUGAUCAGUGCUAAGAAGCUCAUCAAAUUGGCAAGAGAAUGGCAGAAAGUGGCUGCCACUAGUAGAAAAAGGCUCACGUUUCCGCAAACAAUUAGCAGUCUUGAUUCAGAUGACUGCAGCACAUCAUCAGUAGCAGAGAAGGGUCACUUUGUGGUGUACACCACUGACGAAAAACGUUUUGUGCUUCCCUUGGAUUACCUAAACAAUGAAAUUGUUAAAGAGCUAUUCAAUCUAGCAGAAGAAGAGUUUGGAUUGACAAGCAAUGGACCUCUCACCAUGCCAUGUGAUGCUGCCUUCAUGGAAUAUGCAAUCACCAUGAUCAAGAAGAAUGUGGCUAAAGAUGUUGAGAAAGCAUUGCUGAUUACCUUACCUAGCGAUCGAUGCUCAUCAACUUUGUAUCCUCAUCAAGAAGUCAGAAAUCAACAAUUAUCAAUUUGUAGCUUCUAUCUAAACAUCCCAUUCCUUAGUAUAAUCAGUUUCAAGAUGAUCAGUGCUAAGAAGCUCAUCAAAUUGGCAAGAAAACGGCAGAAACUGGCUGCCAUUAGGAGAAAAAGGAUUGAAUUUCCAGGAACUGUUAGUGGUAAAGAUUCAGAAGAUUGCAGCACAUCAUCAACAGCAGAGAAGGGCCACUUUGUUGUGUACACUACUGAUAAUAAACGCUUUGUGCUUCCCUUGGAUUUCCUUAACAAUGAUAUUGUUAGAGAGCUAUUCAAUCUAGCAGAAGAAGAGUACGGAUUAACAGGCAAUGAACCUCUCACAUUACCAUGUGAUUCUGUCAUCAUGGAAUACACAAUCACCUUGAUCCAGCAGAAUGUGGCUAAAGAUGUAGAGAAAGCAGUGCUGAUGACCAUAGCCAGCAGUCAAUGCUCAUCAUCUUUGUAUCUUCGUCAUGAAGUUAAAAAUCAACAAUUGUCAGUUUGUAGCUUCUGAAAUACAUUUUAAUGUUAGUAUACACUUCAAUACAUUAAUGAAAUUCAAGAUCUUUUGUCA